AUGAGCCCAGCAAAGGAAAAGAUAAAUUACAUUAAGGAUACCCACCUAGCCUCCCUCGUCAUCCACUGCAGAAAAUUCCACGAGGGACAGGGUGUGCCACAAAAAACGAAUUCCACCAAUGCACGUUACAAAACAACGAAAACAAGAGACCUUCCGGCAUUAGUCUGUCCCACAUGCAGUCGCCAGUGUAUGAGUAAGUCAGGCCUAACUCUACACCGAGUGUCGCGACACGGGUACAAACCGACUCGCGCGCCUCAAAGCCAACGCGAUGAAUGCGAAGAAACAGCUCUGCAUCUUUUGAGUUGCCCCACUCUUCAUCCACUGCGAGUUCAAUUUACGAUAAUUGAUGAUGUACCCCUGAUGAAACUAUGUUUUUCUAAGCGGUUGGCAAAAUUCCUUAUUGCGGUGGAGCGGAACUACACUAUGCCAGAGUUUUCGCAACCAAGAAUCCCUAGGCAGCCUACCUCCCCCUCCGUAAGACCUCCCCACCUCUUUAAAAUUAGCGACGGGCACGACCAUGGAAACCCUGAUAGAAGAGUAAGCUCAAGGCGUCUGUCACUGACCAAAAACAAGCAGCAAAAUAAAUAG